AAUUAGUAAAAAAAUUGGCUAUAAUUACUAAUCUGAAAGACUAUAAAAGAAGAAAAUCUAUCAAAUUGGGAAGGGUAGCAAUACAAAUAAUUUAAAAAAUAAAAUUUACAGACAGAAGAGGUGUAUAGAUUUUAGACUUGUUGACUUUCUACUAAAGGGGGAUGCAAUAAAAAAAUUAUAAAAAGAAAAUAAUGAUAAAAGAAAUGAAAGUGUUGACUGGUCCUCUCUCCCCAUGUUUGAAGUUUGAAAGUUGAAAGGGCAAUGGCUGCAGUCAAACCUUUUACCACCACCACCACCACCACUAUCUAUGACAGACAAACCUCCAACUAUUACAUUACUCUCACUCCAUUGUCCAAAACUAUGACCACUUCUCUCUCUCUCUAUUUAUAUAUAUUUAUGUAUGUGUUGUAUUAUAAAUAGAACUGGGUUGAUAUCAUCAUCCUCUUCAAAACUCUCAAGAAAAUUUAAUAAAUCUUUACUUGUAUAUUUCACUUCUUGACAGGUCUUAAAGAAGUUAAUAAAAGAGUUAGCUUCUGGAUCCCUUCCUGGUCUCAGAUUUCAAAAUUGAAGGCCUUUGGCUUAAUGGUCAAAACCUUUGAUUUUCAUUGUCUUUCUUUGCUUCCUCUCCAAGUUCUUCUAAUUCUUUGGUCGCAUGACAUAGCUUUCUUGAUUUCUUAAUCUUCUCAGUUCCAGUAUUCACAUGCAUUUGAUACAAAAUCAAUCAAACCCAGUAUCGUUUUUCACUAAAUUUGACAGAAUUCAGUUGUUUUCAGCUUUCUGUGAUUUGGGUUUAUGAUAGUAUCUAAGAAAUACAAUUCUCGGGCAUAUCUUAGUUUUAUAAUUCUCUUUGUGAGGAUCUAAUUUUCCUUCACAAUCCUGGGUUUUAUUUUCAUCUUAUGAUCUUUGUCAAACUUGGUUCAAUUUCUUAAUCAGUGGGAGCUUUAUUGGUUUACAAGAAAGCGGAAUCAGAGUCUGUUGGCAUACACAGAUAAUAGGAAUGGAGAGUUCACAUGGUGGUAGUAGUUCUUCUAAUGCACCAGCCCCCUUUCUAAUCAAAACAUAUGAGAUGGUAGAUGAUCCAUCGACCAGCUCUAUAGUUUCUUGGAGUCAUACUGGAUGCAGUUUUGUUGUGUGGAAUCCACCUGAAUUUGCUCAAGAUUUGCUCCCAAAAUACUUCAAGCACAAUAAUUUCUCCAGUUUUGUUAGGCAGCUUAAUACUUAUGGAUUCAGGAAGAUUGAUCCUGAUCAAUGGGAGUUUGGUAAUGAGGAAUUUAUAAGAGGGCAGAGACAUCUUCUAAGUAACAUCCGUCGACGCAAGCCAAUUCAUAGCCACUCUUUGCAGAAUCAAGGCAAUACAUCUCCACUGACUGACUUGGAAAAAAGGGAAUAUGAGGAGAAAAUUAAGCGACUAAAACAUGAUAAAAGCUUGCUUCAGAUGGAGGUACAAAGAAAUGAAAUGGAGAAGCAAGCCUUUGAGUGUCAAAUUAUGUCAUUAGGUGAGAGGUUGGUGAGCAUGGAACGCAGACAGAUGCAAUUGGUUUCCUGCUUAGCUCAACUUGCAAAGAAGCCAGGAUUUGCCUCAGCUCUCAUGCAGCAAUCAGAUUAUCAUAACAAAAAGAGAAGACUACUGGAAUUUAAUCACUUCAGUAGCGAGUGCAACACGGAAGAUAACCCAGGUUGGAGAUUGGCGAAAGAAAAUCCUGACAGGUCCCCUGCUUCAACAUUGAACUUUGAGAUAGUUGAUAAGUUGGAUUCAUCCAUAAAAUGUUUUGAGAAUUUUCUUUUGGGGGUAAAAGAAACUUCUGCUCAGGAUAUGCAUGAUUUUCGCAUAGUAUCACCGCCUUCUCCUGUCAUUUUUCGGCAGUUAAGUGCAUCAUCACUAGAUGCAGAUACUUGUUCCCCAAGAUCCCUUCCUUCCUCACCCCAUUCUAUGGACAUUCCCUCAUCUCCAGAGCUAGCUGGAUGUAUCAAUCCUGUCGACAACUUGAAGACUUCACCACCAAGUUUCUCCGACCACGAUGCAGAUUUCAAGCCUGCUUGUGCUCCUGUGGAUGAAGCUGUGCAAGAAUCAGCAGUAGAGGCCACAAAUCCUACCGCCGCGCGGCCUGGAGUGAAUGAUCAUUUCUGGGAAUAUUUCCUGACUGAGGCCCCUGGUUCUACUAGCAUACAAGAACUCAAAAAAAAUCAGUCAAAGCAAGCAGACGCUAACAAUAGAACAGGUGAUAGACAUUGGUGGAACACGGACGGCAUACAUGAUCUUACAAAACAUAUGGAGCAUCUUGCACCAGCUGAAAGAACUUGAUUAUGCAAGCAUGAUUGUUGUAGAACUGCUUUUUUCAUGUAGCAAAUAAUAGAUUCUCGUUUUCAAUCGAAUUUUUGUAGUGCAUAGCAGAUAAUUGCAGGUUGGUUUCCUUUUAAUGUUUAAAGAUGUUCUGUACAAUAUUGUUUUCUAGUGCUGUUCCAUUAGGUUAUAGCUUUAUAAGGCAAUAGUAGCUUCAUGUUCAAGACAUUAAUUCAAGUUGAUGUAUGGUCAGAAAUGGAGAGUUUGAUUGUAAACUAGCUUCUUGUACAGGAUAGUGUGACUUCACUUUGAAUAGAAAUCUAGAUGUGGAUAAAUAAAUUACUCUUCUGCAGAAA